AUGGAGAAUGUGGCGCUCGAAGUACAAAUUAAUGAGGCUGAAUGUGUUGAAAGGGAGGUCGCAAAAGAAUUGGAAUCUAAAAAGCUAGAGCUUGCUGGAACAGUUGCUGAACAUGAAGACUUGGUCAAAAAGAAAGAGGUCUGGGAUUCCAUCGUUUCUCGUUUUAGCGCAUCCGAAAUAGAAGAAGCUCGUGAACUUCUUCAAGAAUAUAACGCUGUUAGGGACCGAGAAAAAAAUUUGAAAGCAUCAUCGAAAGCACAACUGAUGUUAUUGGUGAACGAAAUCCAGUCAUAUCAAGAGAAGAAUGGAAAUGCGAAUCAACGAGAAGUUGAGGAAAGUGAGGAAGCGCUAUCAGCUGAACGAUUACGGUUGGCAGAGGUAGCUCAACGAGUAGCCUCUUUACAAAACGAGUUGGACAACAUCCCUUCACAAACGGAAAUGUCCCAAUAUCAGCAACGGUUUAUUGAACUGUACAUUCAAAUGGGUAGCAAACAUCGACAAGCUCGGCAGUACGUAACACUCUACAAUACACUUGUUGAUGUUCGGAAUUACAUCAAGAAAGAUAUAGAAUUGCUUUCUAAAAUCGAAGAUGUUCUUCCCCUAGCCACUCAGGCAUCGUAUCAAGAUUCUUUCAUCAACAACCUUAAUGACAUUUUUAAUGCCGUUUCUGCAGUCCAAAAGAAAGUGUUAGAUCGUACAACUAUGCUCACCACUAACAAGACUCAACUAACGUCAGAAUACAAUGAAUUGAAAGAAAAAACGAGAAAGUUCAAUUAUCUCGUUGCGAAAGUGAUAUCGGAUUGCGAACGUAAUGAGAGAUUGUUUAUACUUUCUCAUAAACUAACCGCUUCCACUUCCGUACGAAUCUACGUGGACCUACAUUGGCUUCGCUCAUAUGUUAAAUAG